AAUUUUGUUGAUAUCCUGCUUGGUAGUAUUCAAUUGUACUUUAGUAUUUGCAGCCAGAAUUCACCCCCAGCUUGGGGCUUUUAUUUGUGUCGGGUAACAGAGAAAGCUAAAAACUUCAGGUUUAUGACGGGCUGAUGGAAGACACACGGGAUUUGGCUGAACGCACCCCACGUUCAGAGAGGAAGCGGAGAGACUCGUUCGGGAUGUUUGAUGGCUACGACAGUUGCAGCGAGGACUCCACCAGCACCUCCAGCUCAGAGGACAGCGAGGAUGAGGUGGUACCCUCAAUACCUGCAAGCCUGCCCAUCAUCAAGAACAAUGGGCAGGUUUAUACUUACCCUGAUGGCAAAGCUGGAAUGGCUACAUGUGAGAUGUGUGGAAUGAUCGGGGUGCGAGAUGCUUUUUAUUCCAAAACCAAGCGCUUCUGCAGCGUGUCUUGUUCCAGGAGUUACUCCUCAAAUUCUAAGAAAGCUAGCAUUCUGGCAAGACUCCAGGGUAAGCCUCCAACAAAAAAGGCUAAAGUUUUGCAGAAACAGCCUCUCAUGGCAAAGCUGGCAGCUUAUGCUCAGUACCAAGCAAGUCAACAGAACCAAGCCAAGUCUAAAGCCGUUGUCACUGCAGAGAGUUUUGACUGGGGGAAGUAUAUCUGCAGCAACAAUGUAGUUGGAGCUCCUGUCAGCUGUUUCAAGCAUGCUCCUAUGGGAACGUCCUGGGGAGACAUAGAAGAGGGGGUGAGGAUCGAAGUGCCCAACUCUGACAUCAGCCUUCCAACCAAAGUGUACUGGAUAGCAGAAAUCGUGAAGCUUGCAGGCUUCAAGGCUCUCCUGCGCUAUGAGGGCUUCGACAGCGACACAAGUAAAGACUUCUGGUGUAAUCUCUGCACCCCAGAGGUUCACCCGGUGGGUUGGUGUGCUUCAAACGGCAAACCUCUCGUACCUCCAAAAAGUAUACAACACAAGUACUCAAACUGGAUCGUCUUUCUUGUGAAGCGUCUCACUGGGGCGAAAACCCUGCCCCCUGAUUUUAAUACCAAGGUACACGAGAACAUGCAGUUUCCCUUUAAGAAGCUGAUGCGAGUGGAGGUGGUGGAUAAGAACUACUUGUGCCGGACGCGGGUGGCGCUGGUGGAGCAGGUGAUCGGAGGUCGCCUCAGGCUGGUCUAUGAGGAGAGCCAGGACAGCACAGAUGACUUCUGGUGCCACAUGUACAGCCCCCUCAUUCAUAAUAUAGGCUGGUCCAGAAGCAUUGGUCACCGCUUCAAACGCUCAGACUUCACAAAGAGGACUGAGGGUCAAGUGGAUGCUCCUGAACAGCUCUUCCAGAAGGUGAAAGAUGUGGACCAGACUGGGGACUGGUUCAAAGAUGGGAUGAAGCUAGAAGCCAUCGAUCCCCUAAACCUCUCAGCAAUAUGUGUAGCUACUGUAAAAAAGGUUCUAGCAGACGGGUACCUCAUGAUCGGGAUUGAUGGCUCGGAGGCCGUGGACGGAUCGGACUGGUUCUGUUACCAUGGCACCUCUCCCUCCAUCUUCCCUGUUGGCUUCUGUGAAAUCAACAGCAUUGAACUCACUCCUCCCAGAGGGUACACUAAACUGCCAUUUAAAUGGUUUGACUACCUCAGAGAAACAAGCUCAGUGGCUGCUCCUGUCAGGCUCUUUAACAAGGAAGUUCCUAAUCACGGCUUCCGGCAAGGCAUGAAGCUGGAAGCCGUGGAUCUAAUGGAGCCACGGCUGGUGUGUGUUGCCACGGUGACGAGGAUUGUGCACCGGCUACUGCGGAUCCACUUUGACGGCUGGGAAGACGAGUAUGAUCAGUGGGUGGAUUGUGAAUCCCCUGACCUGUACCCGGUGGGCUGGUGUCAGCUGACGGGCUACCAGCUCCAACCCCCCGCCUCGCAGAACAACAGAGAGAUGUCCCACUCUCUGCCCAAGCAGAAGAAGAAGGCCCAGCAGUACAAAGGCCAGAAGAAAAACUCCAGUUGGCCUGUGAGGAAAAAGCCCCUGGUAGCUCACCCGAGUCUGGCUUGGUGUUUAGAGAGGAAGAUUCCGGUUGGUCGGCGGCCCUUCAGUCAGGCAGGGAGGAGGAGCAGCUUCUCAGGGGACGAAGAGCAGACUCCACCCCUUUCCCAUGCCCAGGGGCCCAGGCGGCCCCGAACCUCCCUUCGCCAAAACUACAACUCAGAGACUCUCCUGCGCAUGAAGGAGGAAGCUGCAGAGGUGGACGAGUUCACCUUCUCACAGGGAACCUCAGACCAAGAGAGCAACGGCUCGGGCAGCUACUGCAUCAAACAGGAGCCCUGAGGUCCACGGGACACGGAGGACGGGAGCAGCCAAUCCAGAGGAAGCUCACUGGAAAACCCAUCCCGGAUCAGGAAGGGGCCUCCAGCCGGGCCACGUGCAGCCUGUCGGCACAGAGGAAAAACACUGGAAGGAGCUCCCUUUCCAAAGUCUCCUUGAAUUGCCGAUGGAGAUGCUGUGGGGCAUUUCCUCUCCCAGCCUUCCUGAGCUUCAUUCUCUGUUCCACACAAGAGACGAAUAACGGUGGGAGGAGAGUCCAGCUCGUCCGGAUCAGCCCAUCCUCCCUCUGUCCUGGUGUGGUCCACACACAGAGACCCCUAGAAACUGUGAGAAGCAUUUUUUGAGCCAGUUCUGUUUUUUUUUUUUCAGGUUUUGUUGAACAGUCGGCCUCUGAGGGGCUGAGGAGGGAACAGACGGUGUAUAUUUGAUUCUUUCCUUUAGAACAAAAAUGCCAGGUGGACUUUGUUUAUAGUACUUGAAGUUUCUAUUUGAUUUUGUAAGAGUUCUGGGCUUGUUCUGUCUUAAAGCUUUUUAGGUUCUUGGUGGCUGUGUGGGAAACGUCAUGUGCAUUGUUCCAUAGAGUGGUGAUAUUGACAGAGUAGACAGGCUGAGGCUGGGUCAGUGCAGUGCUGCCUUCCUCUCAUUUCCACAGCUGCAUCGGUUCCUCAUGCUGGCUGAUGGUUUGCGGUCUUUGUUUUGGACUUACUUCUUCUUUUUUCGUGGCUAAAUAAGUGUAGCAGCGAGCCCAAAUCUGAAGGUUGUCCUCCAGAUCAGUCCUUCCUGCUCCACUACUACAUACAGCAGCAUGUGGUUCUCCAGUCAACUUUGAUUGGUCCAAAAGGAUGCUUCUCUUUUCAGGUUUGAGAAGUGCUAAAAACAGAGUCUGGCUUCAUUACUCUGCUCAAACAUUUUCCCCUCCGGCUGAGUUUUUGGACAGCCGUCAUCUACACAUUUUGAGCUUAAGAACCUCAGAAACGACUGAAAGGAGAACGGCCAAACACUGCAGAGUACCCAGCAUUCCUCCAUUGUAUUUCCAGCUGGGAGCCUGAAUCUCAUUUAGAACCAUCAACUGAAACACUCCAGAAUUCCUCCCUUCAGAUGUUUGCAGCAGACGUCGUGCACUGUCCCGAUCCAGCUGUGGAAAUGAAAGCGUGUGUUGUGAACUGGCAUGAGGAGCUCCUCCGUGUCUGCAGUUCUGAGUCUGUGCUCCAUAUUUAUAUGCAGAUAAGGACAAAGGCUCUUUCUUUGAGCUUUUUAAAAUUACAUUCAGAUAAUUAAAAAAAAGAAGUUAUUGUCAUUUUAUUAAAUGCAUUAAGACCUCAGUCAUAAAAACAGAAUUCAGUUUAAAGAAAAGAAACACUGUAUAUGUGGCCUGCAGUCAGCUUUUGUAGCAUUUGACUUGUUUUUCUUUUGGGGGAUGAAACUGGACUGCUGUCAGAACAGAGAGGGUUCAUAUCCAAGCUACGAUGUUUAGUCUCAUUUGGGUUUAUGCAAAAUGUUUUUGUGCUUUUGUCGUCCUCAUGUCAGAGCCAUAUGUAUGCAAAGUUUGGAAAGACGCAAGCAAUGCACUGCUUUUCCUCUGGGGGCAGCAUUUAAAGUGACAGCAGAUAUAAAUCUAUAUAUAUAUAAAUCUAUUCCUGGUGAUGAUCAUGUCGUGUGCUGUCGAAGCCUCAUGACUUUUUAAAAGAAUUCUUCAAGCUCGAUUUUUGCAGCCUUUUACUACCUCCUGAAGCUUGUGGCAUUUUAGUGUGAAACAGAGGGUGGUGGGUUAGAAUAUGCAAAAAAAAAAGAAAAUUCUUUCAAACAUUCGACACCAAACGCGGAGAAAUAACGACAGUACACCUAAACGUUAUGCAAUAAAAAAUCCCAUAUUU